AUGGCGGGCCGCAAAUCAUUAAGGGAUUCUAUCAGCGGACCCACCUUUUCGACCGCCAACCAGCGCCGGAGGAGCAGCAACAUCUCCACCGUGCGCGCCGCCGCGAUUGGCGACCUGGACCUCGCCAACGAAGGUGAGACGGGCUUUAAAGGCCUCAUCCACAACCCCAGGUCGCUCGGACUCGCACUCUUCGCCUCUCUCGGUGGUGUGCUGUACGGCUAUGUCCCUCAGAUCGAUGCUGAUUACCAGAACCAAGGUGUAUUUGGUCAAGUCCAGGUCAUGGCCAACUUCAAGGCCCGCUACUCGUGGAUUCUCGGAGACGAUGUGACCAACAAGACCUUGAAAGGCUUUGUAACUGCCAUUCUCGAGCUCGGUGCCUUCGUGGGGAGCCUAAUGGGCGGUCCCCUCGCUGACAUUUAUUCGCGCAAGUACUCGAUUUCGGGCUGGUGUAUCGUCUUCAUGCUUGGCACUUCGCUCCAGGUGGGGGCCAACUACCAAAUUGCGUGCAUCUACGCUGGUCGCUGGUUUGCUGGCAUGGCGGUCGGUGCCCUCUCGAUGCUGGUCCCAAUGUUCAACGCAGAGCUCGCACCUCCUGGUAUUCGUGGGUCACUUGUCGCACUUCAGCAACUGGCGAUCACAUUUGGUAUUAUGAUUUCGUACUGGAUUGGCUACGGCACAUCGACGGCCGCUUGGCGUGUCCCCCUUGCCCUCCAGCUCGUCCCGGCUAUCAUCCUCUGCAUCGGCGCCGUGUUCAUCCCCUUCUCGCCUCGAUGGCUCAUGCUCAGGGGCCGCGAGGAGGAAUGCCUCGAUACGUUGGCCAGGCUUCGUAAAAGGCCGCGUGAUGACCCUCUGGUGCAGUACGAGUACCGCUCGCUCCAGGCCGAGCGACUCGUUGAGCGCGAGGCGGCAAAGGAGCGCUACGGCAUCGACACUGUCAACUUCCGAGUUUCGCUCCUCGAAUACAAACGUCUCCUUACAACCAAGUCCCUGCUCCACCGCCUCUUCCUCGGUGCCACUGCCCAGGCGCUCCAGCAGUGGACUGGCAUCAACGCCAUCAUCUAUUAUGCCCCUACCAUCUUUGCGCAACUUGGCCUAACGGGUAACACUAUCGGGUUGCUCGCCACUGGUCUUGUCGGCGUCGUCAACUUUAUCUUUACGUUCCCAGCUGUCAUGUUCGUCGACUCGAUUGGCCGUAAGCCAAUGCUCAUCUGGGGUGAGAUCAACAUGGCCAUAUCGCAUGCCGUCAUCGCAGCCAUUGUUGCAUCCUUUGGUCCCAGCUUUAGCAACAAAAAAGCGGGAAACGCAGCCGUCUUCAUGAUCUUCUGGUAUAUUAUCAACUUUGCUGUCACCUGGGGUCCACUCGCGUGGGUUGUGUCGGCAGAGGUCUUCCCCCUCGACAUGCGCGCCAAGGGCAUGUCUUUCUCUUCGGGGACCAACUGGAUCAUGAACUUUACGGUGGCAAUGGUGACGCCUGUGAUGAUCGAGAACAUCGGCUACAAGACGUAUAUUGUCUUCAUGUGCUUCUGCAUCGUCGGUCUCCUCUACGCCAUCUUCCUCCUCCCUGAACUUAAAGGCCUGACUCUCGAGGAAGUGGACCACAUCUUCCACGACACGUCUGGUGCCGAGGACCUGGCACGCCGCGAGCGCGUCGCCAAGCAAGUUGGACUCGACAAGAUCGCCGCCCAAGCUGAGCAUCAAGAUUACGGUGGUGACACUGGCGGCCACAUUGAUUCGGCGGCCGAAAAGAAGGCGGGCACACCGUUCCGCUCGGAAGUUUAA